AUGUCCAACAUUGGUUAUGGGAGCAACAAGAAAACAAAGCACAUGCUGCCCAGUGGCUUUCAGAAGUUUCUGGUCCAUAACGUCAAGGAGCUUGAAGUGCUGCUGAUGUGCAAUAAGUCUCACUGUGCUGAGAUUGCUCACAACGUCUCCUCCAAGAACCUCAAAGCCAUUGUGGAAAGAGCAGCCCAGCUGGCCAUCAGAGUCACCAAUCCCAAUGCCAGGCUGUGCAGCGAAGAAAAUGAAUAG